AUGCCAACCAACCUUCCUUCAAGUUUCGCCUCGGCUGCUGCCGGCCAGAACGCGAAUCGCGACCCCAGGACCGGUCGUCCUGAUGGUCGCGGCGCUGUAGGCGGCGACUGGGCACGUCGAGACGGCCGCUCCGCGAACGGAACCAUGACAUUUCGGCGCGCAUCGACGACCCCCCUCGGCCAGACUAUGCAGGCCGCCCCUCCAACAGACUUUACGGCUCAGCCCGCGUCAGCUGAGCAUGCUGCCGUAAUUGCCAAUGUCGAGGCUGAGCCGAGCCGCUAUACCAAGGAAGAUCUCUUAGACGUGUUUCGUGCUCAGAAGAUGAGCGACGAUCUUUCUCGUCUCUUCAUCUCCGGCUGGGACCCUAGCAACAUUAACGGAAACAGUGGCAGGGGUUGGGGCAAAAGCAACGAAAAUCACGUCCCCCAAGAACCUGGUGCCUGCUGGGAUCAAAACGGCGAGACGACUCCGAUUUCUUUCCAAGAAUACUCCAUCGAAGAGAAGGAGGCAUUCUCCACCGACAUCAACUCCCCGCUCAAGCCCCCGACUCAGAACAAGGAAGCCCAUCAACCGAACGGCAGUGGUCGAAAACCCUCCAUUUCCCACGGAACAGGCAACGCAUACGGCCUCACAUCGCCGUCUUCUGCGACUCGGCCGUCCACUCGCCGGCGCGAGACUGUCGAUUCGAACCCUUUCAGCAGCUCUGGGCUCGGGUCUCCAACGGGAGGAGCCGGCAGAUUCUCCAGAGAUGACCAGGCGUAUUGGUUUAAUCGGAAGGCAGGCGACUCGAAAGAAUCUGAGACUGAGGAUCAGUCUGUGGACCAGCCUCGUGACCAAGCGAAACCGGCUUUACCUGGUCUCAUGCGGGCCAACACUGCCAGCGCUGUGGGAAUGAGCUCCAUUUGGCCUCCAUCCAACCCGAGUACACCUGGUACAGGAGGUUUCGGAAACUUCUCCAUCGGUUCUUCGGCUGUUGGAGAUAAACGCGUCGGUGGCGCGGCGGGCGGAAGUCGACUUGCUCAUCUCAUGCCAAAAGACAGCUCUGAUAAUAUGAGUACCAAAGCCCCCGAUGCAAACGUGUCCACUGGACAGCAGCAGUCGUGGAGAACGCGACCGCGAACUGACACGGAUCCGUUCGGGGAGGAUGAACUAUCAGGCAGUGCAAUGCUCGGAGGGUCGCAGGAUACAACUUCAGGUGGCAAUCGCGCUGGUCCUCUUGGCACUCCCGUCAAGGGCUCUGCUGGCGAUUUUGGCAUGGCAGGUUUGAAUCUAGAUGGUGACGACGACCCAAACAGCCCAUCUGAGACGAACCCGUAUCGCAGUCCGGCAAAUCGUGAAGACGGAGAGUCUGCCAAUGACAACAAGCAUUACGGUGGCAAUUCUCAAGAGCAUGGUGCAGGCUUCGGCGCUUUGCAUAGAAGCUUUGUUCCAGGUGCUUUCGAUGGCAGCGAUCGCAGUCAGACCUCUAGCGUCGGUACAAAGGGUUAUCCACUCGGCCACCUAUCUGGAUGGCCUGCUCCGGGGCCUUCGACUGGGACUCCUGAUCGCGAUCGUCCCAACUUUGGAAGCGCUUUCGGGAACUCUCUGUUUGGAAAUAUGGGAGAGCUGCAAUCUCCCGGCCUCGGCAACCUGGGCAAUGUAUUUGGUCCGUCGGCUUCUGGUGGCCUCAGUGCUGGCAGCAUUGGGCGUGGUAGCAAGCUCGGUUCCCUAUUCCCUGCCGCUAUGCAGGCGCAAAUGCAGAGUAAUGACCACGAGUCCGGUAGCGACGGUCCUGAUCUUCGCCAGGGCAAUCCUCUUGGCGCUAUUGGCCGCGGCAACUUUCCAGGGCCGUCAAGAGAUACAGAAAGCCCGAUGCGCUCCAAUCGUGGCGUUUUCGAGGAGCUAUUUCCGUCCAACGACUCAAACAGGGGACUUGCUCACAUGGCAGGCUCUGACGGCAGCCAAGGGCCUUCUAGCCAAUCUUUCACCCCCAUUCCUGGCGGUCUGCCAUUUGGCGGACUCACUCCAAGUGAGCUGCCAUCGGCUCAGGCUCGCCAGAUGGUCAUGCCGGAUCGCAUGAGAUGGGUGUACUUGGAUCCUCAAGGCCAGGUUCAGGGGCCCUUUACUGGCCUGGAAAUGAACGACUGGUAUAAGGCCAACUUUUUUACUCCAGACCUUCGUGUCAAGAAAGUCGAGGAUCCAGAAUUCGAACCACUUGGUCAGCUCAUCCGUCGCAUAGGUAAUUCGCGUGAGCCGUUCCUAGUCCCUCAGAUUGGUAUUCCUCAUGGGCCUCCUGUACAAGCUGGUGGCUAUAACGGCAAUACCGGAGUCAUUCCGCCCCUGAGUGGCGUCUUCCCAAGCUUCGGCAGAACUCUUACAGCUGAGGAACAGAACAAUCUAGAGCGCCGGAAACAGGAGGAGCAGUACAUUAUGGCUCAGCAGAGAGAUUACGUCAUGCGCCAGCAGGCAAUGUCCAAAUUCCCGAUUCACAACGCAGGCCUGCAACACCACUCCAGCGCCCAGAGUCUCCAGAGUCAACCAAGUUUCGGAAACAUCAGCAACCCAGCCCAGCAACCACCUUCCAUGGGUGGCUUAGGCCCUUUCCUGGAUCUUGGAGGUGGCGGAGCUAUGCUCCAUGCGAGAGCUGCAAACGACCAUUUUCGCCAAGAAGACGUCAUCAACCUGAGUGGUCAUGAGCGCCAGAUGCUGGCUGCUGCUAUGGGGGGAAACGAGGCCGCUGCUAUGGGGGAGCAAGCCGGUAGCGAAGAAGGCUUCCGUGCUGGUCUCCCACAGACCGGCCAACUUGCUGAAGACUCUGAAGGUUUCCGGGAGCGUCUACAGGAGUUUGAGGGCCUACGUGCUCAAAUUGAGGCGGAGCAGGCCGCCAAGGAUCAAGAAGAGCAGCAAGCUAUGUCGGAGGCUCGGACCUUUGAACCCGUUGCUGCUACCAGUCGACAGUCUGGGAAAGCUGGAAAGAAGAAGAAGCAUUCAGAGGAUGAGGCUCUGUCUCUCACCGAGCAAGUCCAGAUUGCGCAAGCUGCAGCUGCGGAAUUUGCCGACUCUGAAGAGUCUGCACAACCCGGUAUGCCCAUGCCAUUUCCUCCCCCCUCCUCAAGCACGCCUCUUCCUGCUCCCACCGCUCAGCGCGUACGAUCCAACCUCCCAGAGCAGUAUAGCAGAUCCCAGACGGCCACACCAGAAGUUGUUCAGCCACCGCCACUGGCACCAUGGGCCAAAGAGCCUGGUCAGGAAGGCCAGCGCGGUCCAAGCCUGAAGGAGAUUCAAGAGGCAGAAGCGCGCAAGGCUGCCAAGGCUGAAGAACUUGCCGCCGCCCAGAGAAAGGCCGCAAUGGAGCAAGAGGGCGCUCUCCUGCGCGAGCGGGAGAGGGCUGCUGCUGCGGCUGCUACAGCUGCGGCCCUGCCUGCAUCCAGCACCUGGGGCCACGGUUCGCCGGGGGCCGGUUCAACCCCGUGGGCCAAGCCUGGACCGCAGAAGGGAGCUAGCGUUCCCACCUCGGUCUCAACUUCAUCUUUGAGUAAGAAGACAUUGGCUGAAAUCCAGCGGGAGGAGGAAGUAAGAAAGCAUAAGGCCAUGCAGACGGCUAUUCAGACCGGCACUCCUACCAUUGCUUCCAAGAGCUACGCCAAUCUGGCGGGCAAGACCAAUGCGCCUGCGAACCCGAGCGCAGCAUCUCCAAUUGCUCCUCCUGGCGCUGGUUGGGCAACAGUUGGAGCUGGCGGUAAAGUCAAGGGUCCCACUGGGCCAAUUGUGCCCGUCAGACCUGCCAGCACCGCGAGCGCUAAGCCUGCGGCGGCUGUAGCUCGACCCAGUUCUAAGCCUAACCCUGCUGUUAGCACGCAGUUCGUUGGAUCUGCCAACAGCGGCAACACGGCUAUGGAUGAGUUUAAUGCAUGGACGCACCGAGAGCUUUCUCGCGGCAUCACGACUGAUGUUGCCAGCUUUCAGUCGACUUUGGAAGCGCUUCCGCUCGACACUGGUCUGAUUGCCGACGCCGUCUAUGCCAGCUCCACCACUAUGGACGGUAGACACUUUGCGGAAGAGUACGUUCGUCGCAAGAAGCUUGCCGAAAAGGGCAUUUUUGAAAAGCAAGCGUCCGACAAUAGGAGCUCUUCGAGCGGCUGGAACGAAGUGGCCAAGAAGGGCAGCAACAGCAACCAGCCGUCUCGUGAGCCCGAAGGAAACGCCUCUGCGAUGCAGGGAGCAGGCUUCAAGGUCGUCCCAAGCAGAAAGAAGGGCAAGAAAUAG